AUGGAGCUGCUUCCAGAGGGCACGGCCAACAAGAAUGACGUGACAUUCCAAGACCAGCAACAAAUCAAUCGCUUUAGCACCUUGAUGACGAAGUUUGACCGUCUCAAUGAAAAGUUGAAGAAGCUACAAUCCGAGAAAGAACAAAUCGAUGACGUAUCUUUGGAGUUGGAACUCGUGGACGAAGAUGAGCUUGUGGACUAUUUGAUAGGCGGAGAGGUCCCGGAAACCGCCAAUCCAAAUGGUGUCAUUAUAGGUGACGGCUGUUUUGUGAAACUGAAGCAGUCACAGGUGAUGGAGAAACUGCAAGAGAAAUCGGACAAGUUGGAGAAUGAAAUCACAGAAACAGAAACGGACAUUUCCUCCAUUGAGGAUACUUUGAAGUCUCUCAAAUCGACCCUUUACGCCAAAUUUGGUAAUUCCAUUAACCUCGAGAAAUAA